AUGGCGGACCGUAACAACUCUUCAUCUUUUGCCAGUGAGGCAGUCACUUCGGAGGAAUUUACAGGCAACGCUAUGGUCAAAACGACGGUCGUUCGACCACUUAAACGGCGUCCCAACUUGAUUAUAGAUAGGGCCGUCGAGAGAUUGCGCAUGUGUAUGCAGGAUUUUAUAACUGCAUCUCGAAACACGACGAACCCACCAUUCUUCUAUUCCGUUGAUUCUGUCCCUCAUUUCGCCACCAAGAACAGGACUCAAGAAUGGGGGGGAACUGCCCAGGUCUUUCAAGUGACAAUUCAUCCUAGUCACAAUGAGUGUAAUUCAAAGUCUACUGGUAACCGCCUGGACAAGCCGCAAGAGCACCUGUAUGCCUUGAAGGAGUUCCACGUUGGAAACGAGGAUGACUUCUUUCGCGAAAGAAUGAACCACCAACACCUGGCUCAAACUCCCCAUCCACAUAUCGUUCCUCUUCUUGCUUCCUACCGAGAAAAAAGCCAUUACCACCUCGUUUUUCCAUGGGCUGACUGUGACCUUGACAUGCUUUGGCAUCGUCAUCCUAGACCGCCUCAAGAUAAGAGCACACUCGAGUGGAUAGGGCGCCAGAUGAUGGGACUGGCCGACGCUUUGUCCAUUAUUCAUGGGUCGGCAGAACAAAAGACGAUAAGCAGCUUCUAUGGAGUGCAUGGAGAUCUUAAACCUCAAAAUAUCCUAUUCUUCAAUGAUGCACCAGAGCGGCACACACUCGCAAUCACAGAUUUCGGUUCUUCGUACUUCAUACCAUCCAGUGAGAAGGAGAUUACCAAACCCCAGAAUAUCAAGCGAACGCCGGCUUACCGUGCACCGGAGGUGGAUAUUACUCAUGAAGGUGUUACGCAAGCGUACGACAUAUGGGGCUUUGGAUGCAUCCUCUCCCAGGCACUGCUUUGGACCUUGGAUGGACUCGAAGGUCUUGAAAGGCUUAUAGAAGCUCGGCGUGACGAAGAACACAACAGCCCGAAUCGUGGCGCUUUCUUCCGGUUGCAAAGAACGUUAGAUGGCGUUCUCACGGCACGACUCAAACCCCAGGUGCAAAACUUGCUCUUGUCUAUGCGUAGCCAUCCUCAUUCGACUCCUUUCAGCAACGACAUUCUCGACCUUGUCGUAAACGGUAUGCUGAGAAUUGAUCUGCACCAGCGGAUGGCUUCCCAUGAAGUUGCGAGAGCCCUCACCGAGAUUUGCAAAAGACUUGAUGAGGAUGCAGCAUACUCCGAGUUUCAAGUUGAUCGUAAAGACAAUAAUAUGGAAAUGGAUCCUUUCUUUCAAAAUUCGUAUUCUUCGGCAAGGAGUAUCUCGCUAACGAGAUGGGGGUUGCAGGUCCAUACGAAUCAGAAUGCCAGCCAAGGACCACGACUCGAUAGAGCCGUGGAUGCAAAUUACUACACAAACACAACGACUCAAAGCGUUGAUGGCCAUCUUGACCAGAGCCAGUUGAAGCCACGCUUUGCAUGUCCAUUCUUCAAAGCAGGAAUUCGCAUCUCGGCUCGCCACAGAGCAUGCGAGGGCCCAGGCUGGACCGAUAUCAACAAAGUCAAGGAACAUGUCUUCCGCACACACCUUGUUGACCAUCAUAAGAACAAAUUUGUCUGUCGAAGAUGCGACGAAGGUUUCAAGACCGAUGAGCUUUUCCUAGCUCACCAGCACCAAGAACUGGCUUGCCACAAGAUCACUUCGCAGCCGGCCUACGGUAAACUAACGAGGGAGCAAGCUUCUAGUCUGCGUUCGUUAAAGAGAAAGUCCACCAAAAUUUCUGACGAGGAACGAUGGUUCGAAAUUUAUAAACUUGUCAAUCCUUCCUCAGACCCGAGACUUGAUGGCAUUUUACCUUACUGUGAAUCUACCUCGGUAUCAAUGCGUACCCUCAGCUCGACAAGCUCGAGUGGGAUCUCUCAGUACAAGGACUACCUUCUCCAGCGGAACGCUGAGGAAUACAUGGCCAAGCUGGCAAGCCAGGGAAUUCCCGUUUCAUUGGAAACAGCCACCAAAAUUCUCGAACUGCAGGUCAAGGAUAUCGAAAACUUCGAUGGAGCAAGACGAGAGCCGGUUCUUGUCUAUGAGAUUACGCAGGCGAGUUGUGAAAAGGUUGAUAUUGCUGAAGGUCAAGAUGCUCAAGUUUCCGGGGAGCGUAGUCCUCUUAGUCAGCUACUAGCCAGCUGGAACAACAACGAGACAGACGGAGUUCUUUAG